GUAGAGUUCACCUUUGAUAAAAUUAUUUGACUGACCAGACCAGUCUAUCCCGUUUAAUUAUGAUUUUUCCUAAUAAUUUUUUUUUCUUUUUUAAAAGAUUUUUCCUAAUACAUUAUUCUAAUUCCUAGCUCUGCGAAAAAAAAAAUAGGGAGAGAAAAAGAAGAAAGACAAUAUUUAAAGAAGAUUAGAUAAAUCCCUUUUGUAAUAAACAUGUUGACUUUACUUGUCAAUUUAGGGUAUGUUUGCUUUGUUUUUUUUAUGUGUAUUUUUAGACGUUUUUUGUAUUGGUAAUAUAAAAAAGUUUAUUGAAGGAUGAGACAUUUAUUAACAUUUACAUAUUUCCUUUAAAAAAUUUUGGCCAUUUCCUUUCAAUUUCACACUUUCACUUCUCCUUUGACCCGAGGUUAGAACUUGAAUUCCAGCUUAUCAAACCGGGUCAACCAUACGGAUCUUCCUAGAACAACAAGAUCCUGGCCAGAUAUUCCUCUCUUCCACCACCUCUUCUUCUUCCUCUGCUUUUUUUUUUCCCCAAACGCAAUUCAUUAUUGCAAUAAGGACAUAUAAUAUUCGUCAUCACUCCUUUUUAAUCACCGAAUACAUUCCUCUUUCCUGUUUCCCUGUUUGAUUGAUUGGUACAAAACCAUUUCCUUUGUCGAUUCCAUGUGUAGAUCUAGAAUUGUAUUGAAAAUCUCGCAACCGAUGUGGUGAUAUUGAAAACCCAGAUUUUUUUUGCGCAUGUCUGGGGCGGGGGAAGCUGCAGAGCAUGUGAAUUUUCCUGCAAUGGCAGCAAAAGACAAGUCGGAAUGCUGCAACCCGGUGAAGAAACCCGGCCCGAUUUCGAUGGAUCAUGUGUUGGCAGCUUUGAGGGAGACUAAGGAGGAAAGGGAUGUGAGGAUUAAGAGUAUGUUCAAUUUUUUCGAUCCAUCUGCUGAAGGUUACUUGGACUAUGCUCGAAUUGAGAAAGGGCUUUCGGCCUUGCAAAUUCCACCCGAGUAUAAGUUUGCUAAGGAGCUUCUGAAUGUAUGUGAUGCUAACAAAGAUGGGAGGGUGGAUUAUCAGGAAUUUAGGAAGUAUAUGGAUGAUAAAGAGCUGGAAUUGUAUAGGAUUUUUCAAGCUAUUGAUGUAGAGCACAACGGUUGCAUUUUGCCUGAGGAACUCUUGGAUGCCCUUCUCAAGGCUGUUUCUUUCUUUAGGUAUAGAAAUUGAUGAUGACGAACUAGCUAGUUUUGUGGAGCAUGUUGAUAAGGAUAACAACGGAAUAAUAACAUUUGAAGAAUGGAGAGACUUCUUACUACUAUAUCCUCAUGAAGCCACUAUUGAAAACAUUUACCGCUACUGGGAAAGGGUCUAUCUCGUUGAUAUUGGUGAACAGGCUGUUAUUCCUGAAGGCAUUAGUAAGCAUGUUCAUGCUACAAAAUAUUUGAUAGCGGGUGGAGUUGCUGGAGCUGCUUCACGUACUGCAACUGCUCCCCUUGAUCGCCUUAAGGUGAUUCUGCAGGUGCAGACUAAGCGUGCUUGCAUUACUACUGCUGUUAAGGAAAUAUGGAAUGAAGGUCGAUUGAAGGGUUUCUUUAGGGGCAAUGGAUUGAACGUACUAAAGGUUGCUCCAGAAAGUGCCAUCAAAUUCUACACUUAUGAGAUGAUGAAGAAUGUUAUAGGAGGUGAUAAAGGGGACGGCCAUGGUGAUAUAGGGACUUCCGGUCGCCUUAUGGCUGGUGGUGUGGCUGGUGCUGUUGCACAAACAGCUAUUUAUCCCAUGGAUCUUGUGAAGACUCGGUUGCAAACUUUUGCUGGUGAAAGUGGGAAGGUUCCAAGUUUAGGAAAAUUGUCAAGAGAUAUAUGGGUUCAAGAGGGACCUCGGACUUUUUAUAGAGGUCUGGUACCAUCUCUUCUAGGUAUUAUCCCUUAUGCUGGCAUAGACUUGGCUGCCUACGAGACCUUAAAGGAGUGGUCCAAGACCUAUUUUCAUGACAAUGACCCUGGACCUCUUGUGCAACUGAGUUGCGGUACAGUUUCGGGCGCCCUUGGAGCAACCUGCGUGUAUCCAUUGCAAGUUAUCAGAACAAGAAUGCAAGCUGAUCCUUCUUAUAAUGGAAUGGGUGAUGUAAUUCGGAAAACGCUAAAAGUUGAGGGUUUUACGGCAUUCUACAAAGGACUUUUCCCGAAUCUUCUUAAAGUUGUGCCUGCAGCAAGCAUUACGUACUUGGUUUACGAAACCAUGAAGAAGAGUUUGGAUCUGGACUAGGGCGCUGCAUGUGCUGCUAUUUUGUUGCACAUCUACUGCCAAUGAAGAUGAAUAAAUAUUUUAAAUCCCACUUGAAGCUAUAAAAUGGUGGUGUGAUACAUUUAGACAUUGAUUUGCCUGGGGAUUAGUUAACGGGUAUGCAGUAAAAGCUAUCUCUAGGAUUGACUGACUAACUUAUUAUUCCCGGAAGCGAGAACUAGUAUGAAAAAUUCGAGGUGAUGUCUAUUGAGUUUAGGAUGUUCUUGUAUACUGUGAGCAAGAAUUAUAAUGCAAAAAAUGAAAACUGAAGGUGGAAACCUUACCAUUUUUGUUACAACAGAUAGUGUUUUCAAAGUUGGAUUUGAGCUCCCUACAGCCUGUUCUAUAUUCUUGACAAAUGGAAGAUUAAAUUUAGUUUAUAUUUGUGUCAUCUAAACAACAAAAGUAUUCGAGGAAAUGGCAAAACUGAAUGUCGCUAGCAAGAAGCGUGACCGUAACGGAGAGAAUUCAGGCUAUAACAGAGCUUCACUAGUGAUACCAGUUCUCAUAAAGGAGCUUUCAAUUGCCUUCUCUAAGAGUAAGAUGGUAGAAAAUGGGAGAUGAAAACAAACCCAUUUAUACAUUAUCAUUAAGGAGGACAUGUUAGUAAAAAGAAAAAAGAAAAAAAAAAUCUUUAUGGAGAAAAUCAAGGAUAUGUAACUCUUCGUUCUCUCUCGUGUUUUUAUCAUCCGAUCAUAACGUGUUUUGUUUUUUCCAAUUUCAAUCUUGUUCUUCAGAAUCUCAAAUUGUAACUUAUGGUCCAAAGAAAGAUGUAGCCUUUCCUUUGCCUCAAUGACUUGCCUAAAGCUUAUCAUUUCACCCGUUUCAAAAUAACUGCUAAGUGUAACUCUGCGAUACCAGAUAUAUAUAACACGACUUGAUUGAGUUUUUCAAUUAAUUAACUCAGUUCAAGUCACGCAAAAUUGCAACUAUAUGCAUAGAUGAUUUAUGCUUGUAACAUAACAAGCAAUACAAGACAGCUAAAUAAGAAAAAAUUUAUUAAAAAAUUCUUGAUGAGAUAGGAAGAUCAUGAAUAACUGAUCAAUUAACUGAACUUAAUCGAGUACAUUGAUGAAAAUUCAAGCGCGAACUAAGAACUACUCUCACGUAGAGAGUAGAAAUAUAAGGAAGAAAAAAAAAAAAAAAAAAAACUUGGAAGAAAGGCGUAGCCUUCCCUUUGCCUCAAUGACUUGCCUUUUUGAAUUACCCUUUACCUCAUCCUAGCUUCUUCAUCAGAUGAUCUAAAGGGCAAUGUUGUUUUUCACAUCAUGAAUCUAUAAAGACGUCGACGUUUCUGUCACCAACAUCUUCCAUGAACUUCUUUCUCUUCUUUCUCCACAUGACUUUUGUUCUCAGCCCUCACAGGAAGAAAACUCAAUCCGCAGGUGCAAAAAAGAACCCAAGGUUAAUUAGUAAGUGGAUAAUCCUUGCUGCUUCUUGAUUUCUCAUUUGCCCACAUGGUCCAACUAUAUAGUGGCAUUGCAGAGAAAAAGUUCC